GCGAUGAAGCUGCUGUUGUUUCUCAGUGCGUUGUUGGGCCUGGCCUGGGCCCUGCAAGAUGAAAGCCAGGUGCCUGCGCAGCCAGGCUUCCAUCCCGAGCAGGUGGAAGGGCCCUGGCACACCAUCAAGCUCGGCGCCACGGACAAGACUGUCAUUGAGGAAGGCGGUGCCUACCUGUGCUUCAUGACAGGCAUCACGCUCCUGCAGAAUGGCGACCUAAACGUCACUUACUUCCACAGGAAGGAUGGAAAGUGUGUGAAGGAAUACUACAUUGCCGAGAAGACUGGCAGUCCCGGCCGUUUCACCUUCGAGUACCAAGGCAAAAAUUAUCUGACAUUUGUGCUUGUCACUAAUGAUGUCACCAUCAUGGACUUGGAAAACCAGAACGACAGAGGCACCCUCAUUGUGGCUGAGCUCCAUGGCAGGUCUCUGUCCGCUGGCAAGCAUGGGCUGGAGGCCUACAGGAAGCACACCUCCAGAAGAGGCAUCGAGCAGGGCAACAUUGUGGACCUCUUGGAGUAUCGUAAGCUGCCCUUCCUACAGCCUUGCUUCUCCUCACUGGGACCCAAGCCACAAUGA